UAGAGAUUAAGAUUUUUGCACUUUCCGCGUUUCAUGGAGAUGGCGGAGAAGAAAUGGAGAAGACCUGGACGAGCAGCCUUGGUUCUUUGUGUCAGUGUGGUGGCUAUGUCACCAUCUCUACCCUCUAGCCUGAGCUUCUUGAACGCUCAUAGGCUGGGGGCCAGGUCCCGUAGACGGAGUGCUGAAAUAGCUUUGUCAGCCACAUACUCGGCCAGUCCAGGUGAGGAGUGGACACCUGAAGAGGAGCAGCAGGUCAUGGAGGAGGUUCUUGGUCGAGUGCCUGCCUCCAGCAAGGAGACCUCCUCCUUAGCGGCCGAGACAAGAUUGCUCAGAAAGCAAACUGAGGAACUUGUGAAGGAACUUCGUCUACUUCGGGAGUCCCUGGCCGAGCGCAAGGGCACAUCUCCAUCGCCAGCACCAGCCAAGAAAACGUCAGUGGCAGCUCAGACAGCAGCUCCUGCACCUGAGGCACCACCGGAACCAGCAGUAGCACCAGUGACCCCUUCCCCAGCACCAACUGUGGCCAAGGAGAGUGUGGCUGCUUCACCAAAGGCACCAUCACCGCCAGACCCAGAGCCAACACAAAAAACUGCACCAACGGAUUCCACAAGUGUGAGGGUUGUCAGUGCAGGCCACGGGGAUGGCAACAUUGCAGACUUCUUCUUGAAUGACAAGAAGAUUGACAUUAGAGGGGAGGCCGGUAGAAGAGGUAUCAAUAUGGUCGUUCUUGAUCCAGAGACUCAGCAAGUUGCAUCAAGAAAAACCUACGAUGUGUGGGCUGACCCACAGACGGAGAACACACGGCUAGCUGGAGAUAUCAGCAGCCUUCCAGAUGGCCGCAUCGUGCUGGUGGCCUGUAGGGACUCUGGCAUGGAAAACCUGGAUGCCAAAGCCAUUGCAGCACUUUGGAGUGCUGGUGCCACAAUUCCCGGUGGGAAGGAGCGUGAAGGCUAUGCGCUGAUUGGCGUGAAGGGCGGCGAUGCCCUUGGGGAGGAACAGGGUGGCAAGGUGGAAACUUCAGCAACCGUGCCCUUCUUCGUGCGGCACCCGCCGCCGCUGGCUCCAGCGCCACCUCCACCCCGAGUGACACCCCAACCAAAGGAGUUCAGCCCACCUACGUGGGCAACAGCUGCACCAGCUGCAACAGCUGCACCAGCUGCACCAGCACCCAAACCUUCGACCUUCCCCACAGCCCCACCGACGGCUGAACCGACACAAAAGGUGCGAGUGCCAAAGCUGCAGGUGGACCCACAAGGAACGGUGACCUACCAAGAUGAGUCGGUGGAGCGGGAUGGCAAACCAGAGGAACAGGGCCAAAGCUGGCAAGAGGUGGUGCUGAUGCUUGAUAAACUGCAGGAGAAAAUCAAGGCCAAGCGGUUAGCAGGGCUUUCAUGACAUGCCAAUGAGGGAAGCAUAUGGAAGAAUUUGAUGUUACGCUGCACUAGUCCGAGAUUUGGGUGUCAACUGACACAUACUUUCUGCAGGCUCAACAGGUAGCUGCGUGACAGCUCACCAACCAGCAGAGGUUUUGGCUUCGCCAGAUGAAGAAGCUCUGGCUUGCUUAGGAAUAUACAAAGACCAAAGUCACAUUGGCAGUGUUUCGUGCGUAUACGUUCCAGUGCGAAUGUGUUGCGAAGCAACUGCUGCUGUUGGUAUUAAAGAUCGC